GGAGGCGAGCCAGUCCCGCACAAUACGCCGGCGCUAGCUCUAGUCUUGCGAGCCACGAAAGAAAGAAGCAAACAGAUCUGCCUGCCUGCCUGCCGCUUGUUCUUCCUCCCCUCCGGGCUCCGGCGAUCCGAUCCGAACGAUGGCGUCCGCCGCCGCGGGGUCGUGGUCGAAGCGGUGGAUCCGGCCGGAGGUGUGGCCGCUCUUCUUCGCGACUGGCACGGCCGUCGGCAUCUGCGGGAUGCAGCUCAUCCGCAACAUCACCGGCAACCCGGAAGUCAGGGUGCUCAAGGAGAAGAGGGCGGCGGGCGUGCUGGAGAACCACGACGAGGGGAAGAGGUACUCGCAGCACGGCUUCAGGAAGUUCAUCGACGGCAGGAAGCCCGAGAUCAUGGAGAACCUCAACUCGUGGAUGGCGGACCCGCCCAAGUAGUAGAUCAAUCCGUCUCCAUAUCUACCGCGGCCGAUGGCUCAUCUGGUCGGCCGCACAAUUUUAAUUAUUCUUGACAUUCAGCAGCUGUUACCGUGAUUGUCUGCGGUACGUUUAUUUUUGUAUCACCGUAAACAUACUCCUCCUAUAUUCUUAACAACAAGAACAAAUAUGUGACAGCAUGCAUGCUGUCAUGGCCCUGGCUGUGAACGGGCAUAUUCAAAGUUUUUUUUUCCUCAUUUUGGGACGCGAAUAUAAUUCUUGUUGCUCUCGUUCUGAAUAACCUUAACAGUUGGGUGCCU